GUAAACAGAAACCCGUGAAGAAAACGCUCGUGUCAGUCGCCAUCGUGCGGGGCAGAUCCGCUGCGGGAGCUGGAAGCGUUGCGUUGACUUCACGUUUCCCGUGUUGUUGUGGUGCUUUUCGCUCUUUUCCCCCUUCUCAUCCAACUCGUGAGGUCCGGGACCAGCUGACUGGAGCUGGAGCGAUGAAGGGAGAGGCGGAAGUGAAGUCACUUGACAGACCGUCCAUGUUAUUAUUGUUAUUUUGGUAGCCCUGUGAUGAGACGGGCUGGGGUGCCGUUGCUCUCCGAGACAACGACCGUUAACGCCACCGCAGGCCGCCCCGGACCGACGCCACCCGCACCCUCGCCGCCGCCUCGCUGACCCGGGAGACAGGAGCCUCGCUGACGGCUGCGGGGUGAGGGAGGUGGAGGGUGUGAGGACCACGGCUCCACGGCUCCGACACACACACACUGCGAGCGACCGAAAAUAAAACGGCGACAAAAACAAUAACGGCUCGGCUGGUGUGUGCGGGCUGUAGCACGGACGUUCCGCCGCCGCCACCGCAGACAUGAACGGUAUCACCAAGGGCCGGUUCGAGGUGUUCUCAAACAGCGACGAAGCCCCCAUUAACAAGAAGCUCCCUAAAGAGCUUCUUCUUAGAAUAUUCUCCUAUUUAGAUGUGGUAACGCUCUGUAGAUGUGCCCAAGUAUCAAAGGCGUGGAAUGUCCUGGCCCUCGAUGGCAGCAACUGGCAGAAGAUCGACUUGUUCAACUUCCAGACAGACAUAGAGGGGCGGGUGGUGGAGAACAUUUCCAAGCGUUGUGGAGGCUUCCUGAGGCAGCUGAGCCUCAGGGGCUGUCUGAGCGUGGGAGAUGCCUCCAUGAAGACGUUUGCUCAGAACUGCAGGAACAUCGAAGUGUUGAACUUGAACGGCUGCACCAAGAUCACCGACAGCACCUGCCUCAGCCUCAGCAAGUUUUGCUCCAAACUCAAACAACUAGAUCUCACCUCCUGCGUGUCCAUCAGCAACCACUCCCUCAAGGCUGUCAGUGACGGCUGCAGAAUGCUGGAGAUGUUGAACCUGUCAUGGUGCGACCAGAUCACACGUGACGGCAUCGAAGCUCUCGCGAGAGGCUGCAACGGUUUACGAGUGCUGUUCCUCAGAGGCUGCACACAGCUGGAUGAUGGAGCAUUGAAACACCUUCAGAAACACUGCCCAGAACUCACCACUAUCAACAUGCAGUCUUGCACACAAAUAACAGAUGAUGGCCUGGUCAGUCUGUGCCGGGGAUGUCACAAGCUACAGAUUCUCUGUGUGUCUGGCUGCAGUAACAUCACGGACGCCUCCCUCACUGCUCUGGGACUCAACUGUUCCCAACUUAAGAUUCUUGAAGCUGCACGAUGCUCCCAUGUUACCGACGCUGGGUUCACGGUGCUGGCCAGGAAUUGUCACGAGCUUGAAAAAAUGGACUUAGAAGAAUGUAUUUUGGUGACAGAUAACACCCUGGUUCAGCUGUCCAUCCACUGCCCUCGUCUGCAAGCACUGUCCCUCUCCCACUGCGAGCUGAUCACAGAUGAUGGCAUCAGAGCUCUGAGCAGCAGCACCUGUGGCCAAGAGCGCCUCACUGUGGUGGAGCUGGACAACUGCCCCCUCAUCACGGACGUCACCCUGGAGCACCUGAAGAGCUGCCAUCGUCUGGAGCGCAUUGAGCUCUACGACUGUCAGCAAGUCACCAGGGCUGGCAUCAAACGCAUCCGGGCCCAUCUUCCAGAGAUCAAGGUCCACGCCUACUUCGCUCCAGUGACACCCCCUCCCUCUGUACAUGGAGGUGGCCAGCGUCUGUGCCGCUGCUGCAUCAUCCUCUGACAGUGGAGGGCCAGGGGGGGCCACCUCUGUCUACAGGUCCUGCUGCUCUGAUAUGGGCUGAAAUAGGGUUUGGGGUUCGGUGGGGGAGAGACUGGGAUAGGUGUAGGAGAGAGGAGGGGCUGGACCCACUCGCUGCUCCUGAUCACUGAUCAAUAUGUACACUGAUCAGCGCUGAUCCCCGAUCAGUUGAACCCACCCCUCCUCUCUCCUCUUGCUCACCAAUCAGCAGCAGCCCAAGGUUUUUUAUGGUGAAAGGUGUCGGGGGAAGGAUCAUGGAUGGAUUGAUGGAGUCUCUCUUUUUCUUUUUCUCUCUCUCUCUCUCUCUCUCUCUCUCUCUCUCUCUCUCUCUCUCUCUCUCUCUCUCUCUCUUGCUGUAAAGACAAAAACAGGCUCUUCCCUCCAUCCUGUUCCUCACCCCCUUGACUCCCCCGCCUGUGGACGUAGAGGACAGCCUCUGGGCAGCUGGAGAUGGAGGGUCUGAACAGUGGAACUACAAUACAUCAAGUUCAAACUUUAAAAAAAAAAGAAGAUCUAGUCAUCUUGGAAAACCGUUCGCUCUCUGUGGAGUAUCAUCUCAACCAAUCACAUGACACCUCUAUGUGACCAUCCUGUGAUUCAUUCUGCUUUGACCAAUUAACACGCAGCAUGGAGGGAGAGGAGAGCUGGGAUAUAAGAAACGCAGAUCGUCUGGAUAUAAACACUUUGGCACCAGCCAGCUCAGCUCUCUGGUGUGGAAGAGUUGGGACGUACAGAUUUGGACAUUUGACAUAUUUGUGCAUCUGAAAUUUGAUUCUGUUUGUACAGAGAAUGUUUUGCAAUGGAAAAAAAAAACAAUUACAUUAAUGGCAACUCACUCAAAAUGGGGGUAGGCCAACAAAAUAUUGUUUAAUUUUUUUUUUUUUUAGUGCUUAUUGUAAUUGUCUAUGCCUGUCUAUCCAGAGAGGGAGAUAUGUUCUUUUUGAAGUGGAAAAGAAGAAACUGGACCUAUGAUUCACACCCUCAGCGACUUGAAGCGUCAUGUUGACUCUACUGGGAUGAGUGGCCUCUCCUGUGCACUGCGUGGUUAUGUUGGCUCGUAGGCCCUGAUCCAAUCCUGUCAGUAGCCCUGUGCACUAGCUCCUACUUUUAAGCAUUUGUUUACGUCCUGGAUUUAGGUUGGCAUUAGAGACGAACCUGUUUACAUCAGUAGGUCUCCAGUCUCCCUACUAUUCAGAGUAAGUUUAGUAAAACUGAUACAGCUGCGGUGCAUCCACGGUUUUUAAGUGGACUCCGACGCCCAUUAUUCAAAUUUGUUGCUGUGUUUAUUCAGACUUUAAUCAGGACUUAUAUUGGUACAACUUUGCUUCAAAAUGAAAUGGAAAAUCUGCUUUAAGUUGAGAUGAUAGAUAUUAGAGCGUAAACAAAGGCACCUCAACCUUAUGACAAUCACGUGAAUUUACAUAUUUGAAAGUUAAUUUAAUGUAGUUUUGUGUAAUUGGCAUUUGACACUGGUCUGGUGAUAAUAUCUAUGUAUUUAAUUGAACAGCAACAAAUUCCCACUCAUCUACAAAGCACGUGUGACAGCAAGAGUAUGGUGUGUUGUGACGGGAAAGCCCCAGAACCAACUGUUUAUUUUACUAUAUACAGUCACUCCCUCGGAACAGCAGGAUCUCAACAUUAUCUUGUUUUGCCACAUGGAGUAACAACGUGUGUGGGGCAUGAAACCACCCACAGCACGGAAAAUUCAACAAAAACAGACCCAGCUGGAAACAAAAGAGACUGACGAGUGCUAAAGAGCUGGGGGAGAUUGGCAGGACUAUGGAUUGGACUGAGACAAAGGAGAGCAGACAGACAGGUGGACAUAGCUGGACAUUUGCUGGCUGUGAUACUAACGCCCUCUCUUUGACAGUUGUUUUAACAGUUUUAUGUUUAAGAAAAUAAAGAGGUAAAUGGAAAAAAAUAAAGAAAUGAAUUAAUAAAAGUGACUAAUAGUAAACGGG